CUGGGCUGUGGGGCCAGGUCUGAGGCCGGAGGGAAAGGGCGGCUCAUGGUGCCCACCUAGGAGCUGGUGCGGUUACUGCAGGAGCCCAGGUUGGGAGAGCCACGGGUUGGGGAUGAGGAAGCCAGAGGGUCUUGGGGAUUUCUGAGAUCCAGGCGUGGCCCCAGAUUCCACUGCCGGCCACAGGUACCCCGUGCAGGGGUCAGCGGGACGCCUCAUGCUUGCCAAGCCCAGGAGAAGCCCGGACGUCCGUGGCCGCUCUAGAGGCCGCCCUGCAGGACUCUACCAGUGGGUCGCUGUCCUCUUGGGCGCCACCAUCUGCCAUGGGGCCAGCCAGGCUGGCCUUGGGGGAAGCCAGCUCCGGACCCCGCAGCCUUACCAAGGAGAGGAAGGCCCGGGGGGUGUGUUAGAGCCAGCCAAGAGAUGAGCAGCUCUGGGCCAGUCCGGCUCCAGUGUGGACGAACCUGGUCAGGUGUGCGCUGGCUUGGGUGACAGGUUCCACCAGAACCAGCCGGGAGAGAUGUCCUCGGUCCCGUGGGGCGGUGGAGCCAGGCCUCUCUGACCCUGGCAGCACCGGGUGGCAUGGGCACGCAAGGCGGGGUGCUGGCUUCCCGGGGUGCUUCCGAGAACACGUCAGCUCUUCAAGCAUCUGUGGCCAGACUGGCUCUUCCGGACCCCAAGGCUUAGGUGGGGCCUUGGUCCGCGUCCCUGGGGGAGGGUGACAGGAUUUGGGGCAGAGGCCCGGUCAGGCCAGCCCUGUGGAGCUUGAGGCUCGGACAGAUACAGACUCACAAACACCCAAGGGCGGAAGCAGGCCCAGGCACCCGUGGGGCACCGCUGCCCAGCAGCACACUUCCUCGGGCCAGGACCCAGGAGCCCUGUGCUCCAGGGUCAGGUGGAGGGGGAGCCUCAGAACGGGCCAGGACCCAGAUGGCCCACCCCGACGGUGGCAGGCCCCUGUAAGGGCACCUGGGUGCCGGUGGGGCCGCCCCCUCAGCUCUGCUCCACCCCAGGCCCGCCUGAACUCCGAGGUAGUGACACGUAUCUCAACCAUCCUUGUCCCCAAGAUGUCUGGCUGGGUCGGAAUGCCGUGGGGACAGCCCAGCUCGGGGCCCCAGGCAGCGCCUGAGCUCAGGGCUGGGCCCUGACCUCUGUCUGGACCUGGACCCUGCGGGGUCUCCUUAGGGCUGUCCACACCAGCCCAGAGGGGUCAGAUGUCAGGGUGAAGGGCCCCGGUCCCCUCUUAUUAAAGAAGCACCAUCCCAGGGCACCAUCCCAGGGCACCAUCCCUGGGGCCCUGAGGGCAGACGGGACCCCCGACCCCCACACUCCAGCUUCAGGACAGCUACUCACUGCCAGCAGCAAGGGCAGGAAGGCCCUUCACAGGCCCCGGAUAUGCACACCAGGGGGUGUGUCUGGGAGCGCCCCAGCCCCCACCCAGGAAGCGCUACCACACCUGCCCCCGGUCCUUCCUGCCCAGGGCUGGCUUCUAGGUCAGGCCCCGGCACGACGUCCCAGAAGAAGGAGCGGAGGGCGCUGCUGGAUCUGGCUGCGCAGCUUGGGGUGUGCCGGGGGCCAUGGCUUGGGGGGCGUGGGGCCAGUCCCGCGGGGUCCCUGUGGGGGCUCUAACCCUGACAGCUCUGGCUGAAGGGAUCCAGGCCAACCAGGGACAGACCCCAGGUAGCUCUGUCCUUGGCCGUCAGCCCACACAUGGGCUUGAACCUGAGUCGGAUCCCAAGAGUGUGGCUGCCGUCUCCGCCCCGGGAUGUGAGGCCUCUAAGGAACCCUGUCAGGACCCCCAGAGCUCCCGGGAGGAGGGGGCCCUUGCGGACCUGGCGGCGUACACCGCGGCCUGCCUGCAGGAGGCCGGCUUUGUGGGGACGCAGGCGACAGAGCUCACACUGCCCUCAGCUCCGGAGGCCCAGGGCCAGCCUCUGGAGGCGCAGGUGUAUGCCCUGGUGAGCCGGCUGCUGGCGCAGGUGCCCAGCCUGGCCGAAGGGAGGCCCCGGCGGGCGGCCCUCCGGGUGCUGAGCGCGCUGGCCCGGGAGCACGCUCGGGAGGUGGUCACAGUGGGAGCCCAGGUCGGGGCUCCAAGGUGGGACGAGCGAGCCAGGUGGCGGCUUCUCCCCAGCGACCCUGGCUCUUGGGUCACUCUGCUCAGGAGAAGUUCUCUGGGGUUUCCUUCUGUACAGGGACUGUGCCCAACACCAGACCCUGUCUCAGCGGCUCCCACCCCCAGGGCGGUGGCUGAACUGUGGCCCAGCCUGAGCCGGAAUCAGUGCGUGAACGGGCAGGUGCUGGUCCAGCUGCUGUGGGCGCUGAAGGACCAAGCCGGGCGGCAGCUGGAGGCCUUGGCGGCCACUCGGGCCCUUGGGGAGAUGCUGGCUGUGUCUGGCUGCGUGGGUGCCACGCGGGGCUUCUACCCACAGCUCCUGCUCCUGCUGGUCACGCAGCUACACCAGCUAGCGCGGGGCGUGCGCGCCCCUGGCUCCCCGAAGGUGUGGGGCCCCUCGCAGCGAGGGCCGCCGCCCAGCCACGCCAGCUGCGCGGUGGAGGCCUUGAAGGCCUUGCUCGCCGGGGACGGUGGCCGCAUGGUAGUCACGUGCAUGGAGCAGGCCGGAGGCUGGAGGAGGCUGGUGGGAGCCCACACCCACCUAGAAGGCGUCCUGCUGCUGGCCAGUGCCAUGGUGGCCCACGCGGACCACCACCUGCGAGGCCUGUUCGCGAACUUGCUGCCACAGCUGCGCAGCCCCGACGACGCGCAGCGCCUCACGGCGAUGGCCUUCUUCGCCGGGCUGCUGCAGAGUCGGCCCACGGCGAGGCUCCUGCGGGAGGAGGUCAUCCUGGAGCGGCUCCGGGCCUGGCAGGGCGACCCCGAGCCCACCGUGCGCUGGCUGGGUCUGCUGGGCCUCGGCCACCUGGCGCUGGACCGCGGGAAGGUGCGGCACGGGAGCAGGCUGCUGCCCGCGCUGCUGGGUGCGCUGGGCGAGGGCGACGCGAGGCUCGUGGACGCGGCGCUGGGCGCGCUGGGGAGGCUCCUGCGGCAGCCGCGGGCGCCCGUGCGCCUCCUGAGCGCCCAGCUGGGGCCCUGGCUACCGCGGCUGCUGGACGACGCCAGGGAGUCGGUCCGCGCCUCGGCCGUGGGGCUUCUCGGGACGCUGGUGCGGCGGGGCCGGGGCGGGCUCCGGGUGGGGCUCCGCGGCCCCCUCCGGAAGCUGGUGCUCCAGAGCGUCAUCCCUCUGCUGUUGCGCCUGCAAGAUCCCAGCCGUGAUGCCGCUGAGAGUUCAGAGUGGACCCUGGCCCGCUGUGACCAGGCCUUACGUUGGGGCCUGCUGGAGGACACGGUCACUGUGGCCCACUAUGACAGCCCUGAGGCCCUAAGCCGCAUCUGCCACUGCCUGGUUCAGCGGUACCCAAGUCACACCCCCAGCUUCCUGAGCCAGACCCAGGGCUACCUGCGGAGCCCACAGACCCCUUUGCGCUGGGGCGCGGCCGUGCUCCUAGGCUUCCUCAUCCACCACACCAGCCCUGACCGUGUCCACCAGGACCUGCUGGACUCUCUGCUCCAGGACCUGGGACAGCUGCAGAGUGACCCAGAGCCCGCCGUGGCCGCCGCGGCUCAUGCGUCCGCCCAACAGGUGGCGCUGCUGGCCCGCGCCCAGGCCUGGCCCCGCCGCCCAGGACUCUUCAACUUGCCCCUGCCUCUCCUCUGCCCAGGCCUCUGGCACCGCAGCCCGCCCCCCCGGCCCCCACCAGUCUACCCCAACAGCCCAUUCCAGCCCCGGAGCGUCAUAGGCCGCUGGGGCUGCCUGGGACCCGAAUGCGCCUGAGCCCGAGCCAGCCUGAGGGUCCCCGGGGUCGCAGACAGGCAGCGCUCCGCUCCGGGGCCAGUCCUGGCAGGGGCAGGUCAGGAGCAGCUCCCCUUGAGGGCCCCCCCCUGGGCCCGGGCCUGGAUGGGCUCCAACCCUCCCUCGCUAGGGACGCACCGCCACAACAGCCUCGUGAGCCAGGACCGGGGCGCCUUCUGUCCAAGCGCCAUCUUGCCUGCAGCCCGCCUUGUCUCUUGCCCGCGUGGGCCCAUCUGUCCCCAUUCAGGCCAGCAACCUGAGUGUGCCCACCCCCAGUUUGGAUGGCACCUGGCACCUAGCUGGGUUCCGAUGGGGGUCAUGGUGACCCUGGCCCAACCCCGGGAGCUGGUGCCACGAGAGGCCGCCUGCUUGCUGGGUCUUCACGUAUGGCCUCCCCCCUCUUCCGCCCCCGCCUGUCUGGGCUGUCCUCCCCAGUGGCCCAAAGUCCCCCAUCACAUGUCCCACUCCUCACUGGCCUGUCACCAUCGCCCCCACACUCCUGUGCAUCGCGUCACAGAAAGGUCACCAGACCUUUUCUGGGUUCCCCCUGACUUCCCCACUGGAGGCUGGAGGUGGGCUUCAGGUGUGGGGUACCACCUCCUGCCCCCUCCAGACUGAGCCCCAGGUGGCUCCCCAGGGCCCUCCCUGGGCCAGAACGAGGGCAGAGUGAGGGCACGUGCUGGGAGGAAGCGGCUCUGGGUCCUGGCGGGCCCCUCCGCCCGGAACGCCUGUCUUCAGACGUUCUCUUGCCUUCCCAGACCCAACCCCCAACGCCAUGUCCUCAGAGAGGCCUUGGCUCAUGCCGACCUCUUGGAGGGCUGAGACCCGUCCCUCCACGUCUGGGGACUCUCUUGGGGUCCCGCCUGUCCCCUGGGGGAAGUGGUGAAAUAAACACAGGUGCGUUA